AUGUACCAUUCUCAGGACGACGGAAUCAAGGCCCGUCUCCUUCUUCAGUUCUCACCAACCCUCCAUAUCCUGCUCACUACACUCGGCUCUUCCGCUCCGCACGCCGCUGCCAAUACGUGCUCGCGUGUUGUACGCUCCUCUCUCACUCUCACUUUUGUCAUGUCAGACUACAAAGCCACAGAGCACGAAGACCAGGACUCAACUGAAGAACGGCCUGCGCCCCCGACUAAACGCAGAAAAUACACUGCCGUAGCCUGUGAUGAAUGCAGGCGUCGUAAACUGAAGUGUGUCCCGGGCCAGACCGAAGAUUGCUGCCAGAGAUGUGCUUCCAAGGGUCUUGCCACGUGCAGCUACAAGGCUCUUCGUCGUGACUUUGCAGAUCGACCGACGUGUGGGAAUGAUGUAGUAUCGGCGCUCAGUCAAGAUGUCAAGAUUCUGAAAGAUACGAUGGACGAGUGGAUGGCAGUGGUCAAACAGCUCACCGCGAAUGGAGCUGCCGAACUUUCUCGGCGUCCCUCCGGCGCCAUCCUAACAUCGGAUAACUCCCUACCACAAGAGUCUUAUGACUCCACUUUACCGCAAGGCAUAUCUGUAUCUGGCUCUGAAGCAUUAGCAUCCACCUCAGUGAUCAAUCCUGUGAUGACUCGCCAAACGACUUCGCCUCAUCUCGGUCAAAAUGUACUGGAGGAGCCUCAUUUUAUCGAUCCCACCAGCUCUGCCCAUGGAAUAGAAGUGGAAGAACAGGUAUCAUCGCGGAUAGGAAUCCCUCAAGUCGAAUUGCCUCCUCCGAACGGACAGCAGUCCUGUUCCUGGUCUCCUAAAGGGCCGUGUCGGCAAUUUGACAUAGAUUUCUGGAAAGAAUGCAACGCUUCUGAGUUUUCACGUUUAAUUCGCGUCUUCCAAGAAGAGGUGGAGUCGGUAUAUCCAUGUCUAGACACAAAUUAUCUCAUCUGUAACGCGCCUGAGGUUAUUAGGUUAGGCAAGUUAUCUAAGGACGCUACUCGGGGUAUCACUGACAAAGAGGAUUCGUGUGUCGGCUUCAAGGAUUUACAGCUAGCCAGAAUUGCCAUUGCCACUGCGAUGAGUAUAUACUACUUCCAUAUUGACGAGGACCUACUCGCCUGGCGAACCAUAGGCCUGGCGUGUCGUGAAGCACUUGUCCUGGGCUUGCAUCGGCGAAUCACGCUAUUUGAAGCUUUUCCUUCUAAGGAGCAUCGCGAAUUGGCUGUGAGAGUCUUUUGGACUAUCUAUGUGCUUGACCGGCGCUGGAGCUUUGGCACCAACCUUUCAUUCGCAUUGGUGGACCGCGAUAUUGACAUGGAACUGCCAGAACCGGGCCAGGAUUUUGCGUACCUCCAAUGCAUGGUAGGAUAUGGACGCCUAUGUUCGACUAUGUGGGAUGCACUGAUGCCCUCUGGGUUUCACGCCAAUGAGAACCCCGAACAAAAAACGAUGGAGCUUGAUAAGAAGAUACAAGAAUGGCUUGAGUCAGUUCCUGUGCAACUCCGGCUCUGUCACCCCCGACUCGGUCUGGCUACCCGAGCACAGCCUCCCGUCUUGCACAGAUUGCGAGCCUUGCUCUACUUACGAGGCAACCAUUUUCGCAUUUUGAUAUACAGAUACUAUCUCCUUGGGCCAAAUCGUAUCAAGAACUCGUACCGCAACGCAUGGUUGGCUGUCGAAAUUGCGCAAGACAGCAUUCAAGUGCUAGUCCAUCUCAACGAUUCCUCGGACAUUUAUCGACGUCAGCAGGCUGCUUUCAAUUACUUCUUGCUUAGCGCCCUAGCAAUUCUUUUUCUAGCCGUUUGCAAUGACCCCGAAACUUUUGCUGCGCCGUGUAAGAAAUCGUUUCAUUCAGCUAUUGAGCUCUUGCGUCAUUUCUCUAGCCAGAGUAGGGGGAGUCGCAGGCUGUGGAGCAGCGUCAGAGGCAUCAUCCCCCGGCUUCGUCGGCUUGAGAUUCGCAGAACCGAGGACGCCAGCCACCAGGAAGAAGCCGAUUCUCAGGUAGAAGACGACAGUGCUACUGAAAGAUCUUCAGACACAGUCCCGGCAUUGCGGCUACCCCCAAAGAUGGGGCCUACAGUAGAUACCAGUGCUCUCAAUGAGCCUGCAUCGAACGGAUGGAGAUCUCAGAGCUUUGACAACUGCUCAAGACCUCCCCCAGGAUACAAUGUGAACUCGGAGAUGAUCCCCGAUUUGAAUACACCAGAUUUCAUCAGCAUGAGUAAUGAACUUAUGGGGCUCUUUGAGACAUUCGAACAAGGUCCAUAUCCUCAUCCGCAGGCUGAUAUCACAGGCUGUUGGGAGGACAACAUUUACGCUCCAAAUUUUCUUAGCGAAGAUCAGGGGGAGAUCUCAUGGCAUUUCAACGAGUUGAUCCAGUAG